UUGGUUAAGUGAAACAAAGAGAGAAUGAACAGAGAAGAGACUGCUAGAAGUGGGCAUUUCCCGGCCGAUAGGAGAUGGAUUUUCCCUCUCGUUAUCGCCGGCCUCGUCGCCGGAGCUAUACUAACCUCUAGUUUCCUAAAAGAAGCCGACUACUCUCUGCUGUGCUCCGUCGCCAACAUCAGACCAUCCUCUCAAGCAGCCGUAGCUGAAAACUCCGCCACGCCGGUCCAGCUCGAAGCCAUCGUCCACUACGCCACGUCGCGAAUCGUGCCGCAGCAAAACUUCGGGGAGAUCUCCGUUACGUUGGACGUCCUCAAGAAGCGUUCUCCGUGUAAUUUCCUCGUCUUCGGACUCGGGUACGAUUCCUUGAUGUGGACUUCACUCAACCCGAACGGCAACACCGUUUUCCUCGAAGAGGAUCCGAAAUGGGUCCAGACGGUGCUCCGAGACGCGCCGAACCUGCACGCGCAUCCCGUCAAGUACCGUACACAGCUCAUGGAAGCCGACCGUUUGCUCUCCCAUUACCGCUCGGAGCCGAGCUGUUUCCCUUCGAAAGCUUACUUGCGCGGCAACGAGAAAUGCAAGCUUGCCUUGACGGGGUUCCCCGAUGAGUUCUACGACACGGAGUGGGAUUUAAUAAUGAUCGAUGCGCCGCGUGGCUAUUUCCCGGAGGCGCCCGGUAGAAUGGCGGCGAUUUUCUCGGCGGCCGUCAUGGCGAGGAACCGGAAAGGUCCCGGUGUCACGCACGUGUUCUUGCACGACGUUGAUCGGAAGAUAGAGAAGACUUUCGCCGAGGAGUUUUUGUGUAGAAAAUUCUUGGUCAAGACCGUCGGUAGACUUUGGCAUUUUGAGAUUCCGUCCGCCGCUGACAUGAGCAGCCACGACGGCGCUCAGUUUUGCUAGAGGCACUCCUUUUCAGCCAUGGUUCACU